CAGCAUUCAGUUACCAUUUGGCGGUUGAACACCCAUAAUCGCUUUUUAAACGACGCUAAUGAUAACGACCAAAUAACAGUAUCAAGUGAUAAAAACACUCGCCCAAUCAAUUUAGAACAUUUUAUUAUGCAAAUCAAAUUUUGCACACAUUUUCACCACAAAAUGAUUAGAAUGGGGAAAUUCUAGUGAAAAUUGAAUAAAGUGAUGUGAAACAUCCGAAUAAAAAGUGAAAUGUGAUUUAUAUUUUCUGGUUCAGUUUUGCUGUGAUGUCAUGUGAUUUGUAGAGUUUUCGAUUAGAAACUUCCAAACACCAAAAUUCAAUUAAAUGCACCAGCAGCUUACUUGGAAUUUUUACAUCCAAUGAUUACUUUGUGCUCUAUUUGCUUAAACAAACAAAAAAAAAUUGAAAUUCGAUGAAAGUGGCAAAGCAUCAGGAUUAAAGUGGCCAAAAUUCAAAUUUAAAGUGGUGAUUUUGUCGUUGAACUGCUGGGCAACAACAUUGAAUGUGAGCGCGUAUUUUUCAUCGCACUGACUAGAAAGCAUGCAAAUCCGAAAUGGACAGUCCGUUAAGUAAACCAAUCCCACCGAAUGCCAUCAAAACGCGAGCAUCAACAUUUCGAUGUUUUUUGAAACAACAAAGCAUUACGUCCACACUAUCGAUUCCAAUUCGCAUGGCGCCGGCCUUUAGUCGUAUGCUAGGCUUUGGAAAUACUACCAAAUUCAAAACGGAAGAAUUGCUUCAGGCAGCUGAAUCGGGUGAUUUGGAAGAUUUUGUUCGAUUGUAUCAAGGCGAUAAUAGUCGUUUGAUGGUAACAGAUGCUCGCGGGCGUACAGCAGCUCAUCUUGCAGCAGUGAAAAAUCGAGUAAACAUACUGCAGUAUAUUUAUGCACAGGAAGGAAAUAUGGACGCACAGGACGCUGCCGAAAAUACACCGUUACAUUUAACCGUCGAGGAGAAUGCAUUCGAGGCUAUGGACUAUUUGCUCUCAAUUGGCGUGAGUGCAAAUGUGUUGAACGAGAAGAAACAGUCACCAAUCCAUAUGGCUACUGAGCUGAAUCGAGUAACGGCACUUAAAGUGAUGGGUAAUUAUCGUAAUAUCAUCGAUAUCCAGAAGGGGGGCGAACACGGACGUACUGCACUCCAUUUAGCCGCCAUUUAUGAUCAUGAGGAAUGUGCACGAAUUUUGGUACGUUGGAUAUCGGAGUUUGGUGCAUGUCCUCGCAAACCCUGUAACAAUGGCUACUACCCAAUUCACGAGGCGGCUAAAAACGCCAGCUCCAAAACGAUGGAGGUUUUCUUUCAGUGGGGCGAAUCACGUGGAUGUACACGCGAAGAGAUGAUUUCAUUUUACGAUUCCGAAGGUAACGUCCCACUUCAUUCGGCUGUGCAUGGCGGUGAUAUAAGAGCCGUUGAGCUUUGCAUCAAUUCUGGAGCGAAAAUUUGCACGCAACAACAUGACCUUUCUACUCCAGUUCAUUUGGCGUGUGCACAAGGGGCCUUGGAAAUUGUCAAGUUGUGUUUUCGAAUGCAGCCACAAGAGAAGAAAAUUUGCCUUUCAUGCACCGAUGCACAGAAAAUGACUCCGUUACAUUGUGCCGCAAUGUUUGAUUAUCCCGAUGUUGUUUCAUACUUGAUUAAAGAAGGAGCCGACAUAAAUGCACUGGAUCGCGAACAUCGAUCGCCAUUGUUAUUGGCAGCAUCACGUGGCGCUUGGAAAACAGUCCUUGCAUUAAUUAAGCUGGGCGCUGAAAUUACGAUUAAAGACGUGAACCAACGCAACGUACUGCAUUUGGUGAUAAUGAAUGGCGGGCGUUUGGAAGAGUUUGCAAAUGAAGUGUCCGCAACACAAUUCAGUUCCCAAUUACAGCACUUGCUUAAUGAAAAGGACAACACCGGAUGUUCAGCAUUACACUACGCAAGCCGAGAAGGCCACAUUCGAUCGCUGGAGAAUCUGAUCAGAUUGGGUGCUUGUAUCAAUUUGAAAAAUAAUAACAACGAAUCUGCAUUACAUUUCGCCGCCCGGUAUGGCCGAUACAAUACGGUGCGACAGCUGCUCGACUCGGAAAAAGGGACGUUUAUCAUAAAUGAGAGCGACGGCGAAGGCCUUACGCCAUUGCAUAUUGCUUCACAACAGGGUCACACACGAGUCGUUCAACUGUUUCUCAAUCGAGGCGCACUGUUGCAUCGGGAUCAUAACGGAAGGACACCACUGCACCUAGCGGCUGCGAGUGGAUAUACCCAAACCAUUGAGCUAUUGCAUUCCGUUCAUUCGCAUUUACUCGAUCAAAUCGAUAAGGAUGGCAACACUCCGCUUCAUCUCGCAACGAUAGAAAAUAAACCAAAUGCCAUUUCAUUGUUGCUCUCAAUGAACUGUAAAAUGCUAUAUAACUACAUGGAAAUGAGCGCCAUUGAUUAUGCCAUUUACUACAAAUACCCCGAAGCAGCGUUGGCCAUGGUCACGCAUGAGGAACGCUCCGAAGAAAUUAUGGUGCUCAAAUCCGAUAAACAUCCAUGCGUUACGCUCGCUCUAAUUGCGUCCAUGCCACGAGUAUUCGAAGCCGUACAAGACAAGUGCAUCACCAAAGCAAAUUGCAAGAAAGACUCGAAAAGCUUCUAUAUCAAGUAUUCAUUAUCGUGUUUGCAAUGUCCCACGAUGUAUGCACAAAUGGAUGAAAAAACUGGUGAAGCACUUCAGAUAUCAAAGCCAAUACCAUUGCCGGCGCUCAAUAUCAAGUACAAUUUUCAUAGUUAUCAUUGCUCCAAAGCCAAAGUAUUGGCUAUACGACAAAGCAUGAAUGAUAUGACAUGGACACCGCCACCAUUACAAGUUAUCAAUGCAAUGGUUACUCACGGCCGUGUUGAGCUCCUCGCACAUCCACUCAGUCAAAAAUAUUUGCAAAUGAAAUGGAAUGCCUAUGGGAAAUAUUUUCAUGUCUGCAACUUAUUGAUCUACACCGUCUUCUUGUCAUUUGUCACCAUUUAUGCAUCUCAUCUAAUGCAAAGUGUUGAUACAAAUGAAUCCAUCGUUGAUUCGUCAGCACCAUUGAAUUCAAGUGAUGAACCAUACGCAGCACGAUUGUCACACCCAAGAACCAUUUUCAAUUCAGCUGAUGUUUCCAGUCAAGCAUUCAUCGAUAAGCAAAUCAAUGUUUCAACUAUGAUGAUGGUGUCUGGCCUUGCGAUCAUCGUUUAUAUCGUGUGUAGUACGAUGCGAGAAUUUCUUCAAAUCUACCAACAAAAAUGGCAGUACCUAUUUGAACCGAACAAUUUCAUUUCGUGGAUGCUGUACAUUUCGGCUGGAAUCAUGGUGUCGCCAAUUUUCAGCGGUCAUAUUUCAGAUUGCCAUUUUUCCGCCACGUCAUUAACGGUUUUUCUGUCUUGGUUCAAUUUGCUUCUGUUUUUACAACGAUUUGAUCAAGUUGGCAUUUAUGUGGUGAUGUUUCUAGAGAUUUUACAAACAUUGAUCAGAGUGUUGAUGGUAUUUUCCAUAUUGAUCAUUGCAUUUGGAUUGGCCUUUUACAUAGUUUUGUCUAAGUCGAAGAUGUCAUCAGCACAAAUGUCAUCGAGUCAAUUGGCAUUUUCAACCAUUCCAAUGUCAUUGGUUCGAACUUUCUCGAUGAUGCUCGGUGAAAUGGACUUUGUUGGCACUUAUGUCCAACCGUUCUGGCUUCAUGAGCUUCCAUUGCCAAUAUCAUCCUUUUUACUGCUAUGUCUCUUCAUGAUUCUGAUGCCAAUAUUGUUGAUGAACUUACUGAUUGGUCUGGCUGUGGGCGAUAUUGAAUCGGUUCGCCGAAAUGCACAACUCAAGCGUUUGGCAAUGCAGGUUGUCCUUCACACCGAACUUGAACGCAAAUUACCACAAAUGUGGCUGGAGAGAGCUGACAAAAGUGAGCUCAUCGAGUAUCCCAACAGUCAAAAGUGCAAAUUGGGCAUGUUCGAUUCUGUACUCCGAAAAUGGUUCUGUAAUCCAUUCAACGACGAAAACAACAUAGACAUGGGUUUUGAAACAACGGACGAGAUUUUGGCCGAUGAAUUGGAAAAACAACGACGUAAAUUAAAUACAAUGGCAUCAACUCUGGAACAACAACAUCAAAUGCUGCGACUCAUUGUGCAGAAAAUGGAAAUAAAAACGGAAGCGGAUGAUGUGGACGAAGGAGUGUCACCAAAUGAAUUAAGAGUCUCUUCAGCGGUCAGCCCAACUGGUGGACCAUCGCGUUGGACUUCUCCACGUAUCCGCAAGAAAUUAAAACACGCCAAGAGCUUUAAUAAGAGUGCAUAAAACUAAAUUAAUGUCGUUAACAGUACAACGAUUCUAAGUACAGGCGAGUCGCAAUUGUUUCAACCAUUUUGAUGCUAUGCAAUUUUAACCAAUUGGUGCGUGAUGUUUUUCAUUACAAACAAACAAUCGGGAAGUGAAACAAUCGACACUCGCCUGUAGUCGCGGAUGAGAUAAUUCAUUUUGCCGUUUGCAGGACAACGAUCUCUUAAAAUUAUCAUUAUUUUGUGUCUUCACUCUACCAAAAACUGAUCUAUUUUGAUGGAAAAACAAACUAAAGUCAAUUUUUUGCACACAAUUUUAAAUAUUCACAUAUUUAUCACAAAUAAAAUGUUUAAUGUGUGAUUGUUACCUUUAAUCCCCCAAAAACUGGAAUUGGAGCUGUGUUUUUUCCACAUUCCCUGAAGAAUUUAACUGAAUUUAACAAAAAUCUAAUGAUGUUAGCUUUAUUUUCAAUAAAGAACCAUUGAUAUAUUAUUUUAACUGGACAAA